GGCAGCGGGAGCAUCGGCCGCCGCCCCCGGCGCAAGUGGGAAGUGUUCCCGGGCCGCAACCGCUUCUACUGCGGCGGCCGCCUCAUGCUGGCCGGCCACGGCGGCGUCUUCGCGCUCACGCUGCUGCUCAUCCUCACCACCACGGUCCUUUUCUUCGUCUUCGACUGUCCCUUUCUGGCCCACCAACUGACCCUCGCCAUCCCCAUCAUCGCCGCCGUCCUCUUCUUCUUCGUCAUGAGCUGCCUGCUGCAGACGAGUUUCACCGACCCUGGGAUCCUGCCCCGGGCCACUGUCUGUGAGGCAGCCGCCCUGGAGAAACAGAUUGACAACACAGGCAGUUCCACGUACCGGCCACCCCCUCGAACCCGGGAGGUGAUGAUCAAUGGGCAGAUGGUGAAGUUGAAGUACUGCUUCACCUGCAAGAUGUUUCGGCCGCCCCGGACCUCACACUGCAGUGUCUGUGACAACUGUGUGGAACGGUUUGACCAUCACUGCCCCUGGGUGGGCAACUGUGUGGGGAGACGGAACUACCGCUUCUUCUAUGCGUUUAUUCUCUCCCUCUCAUUCCUAACGACCUUCAUCUUCGCCUGCGUGGUCACCCACCUGACGCUGCGCUCUCAGGGAAGCAACUUCCUCUCCACUCUGAAGGAGACACCAGCGAGUGUGCUGGAGUUGGUGAUCUGCUUCUUCUCCAUCUGGUCCAUCCUGGGCCUCUCAGGGUUUCACACGUACCUCGUUGCCUCCAACCUGACAACUAACGAAGAUAUCAAAGGCUCGUGGUCCAGCAAGAGGGGCGGUGAGGCCUCUGUCAAUCCCUACAGCCAUAAAAGCGUUAUCACCAACUGCUGUGCUGUGCUCUGCGGCCCCCUACCUCCCAGCCUGAUUGACCGGAGGGGAUUUGUGCAGUCCGACACCGUGUUGCCCUCGCCCAUCAGAACUGACGAGCCAGCCUGCGGAGCCAAGCCCGAUGCCAGCAUGGAGGACACCUGUCAGGAUUUUGCCAUCUCCUGCACAGCCUGAGGGGAGCUAACAGGCCUCUUUGCAGAGGGUUAGCUGUGUGUGCAGGGGCUUAAGGACCUCCUGAGGACCGCCGCUCUCUGCCUCUCCAGGAGUGGCCUGGGGGGAGCCAAGCACCCGGCAC